CACUAGAAACGUGACGAAUUGUGGCAGCUUUGGCUUGCCAUAACUUUGGUUUCCAUAAAAACCGGUGUGCGCGCCUUACUAUUGAGCUUCGGCCUUAAUCCCAGAUUACCGGGGUGUCUGGGGAACGGUGGAAGAGUUACUCGUGCGCCCUGCGUGCCUUUAUUAAAGCAUCUGAAAUGCGGUCCAGAGGGGCUGUUUUCCUCGUUGCUAUGUGCGCAUUAACGGCGUACUACAUUUACUGGCCCAUUCCGGAUAAUAUCGAGGAGAGAUGGAAGCUCAUGCUUACUGACUGCUUCUUCAGGACUUUGAGUCAUGUAGCGGAUUUCAGUGAGCUGUUGGGUUUGAAGGACUACAUGGGUGUGAUGAUGCUCAUCACUAUAAUGGAAACCGUGGAACCUGUGUCUGAUGAGCAGGUAAAGGUGGCACAAGAGCGUUUUGAUGGUGUGGAGGUGAUGGUGUAUGAACCCAAACAGGACAAGGGAACAGGCAUGAAGAGGAGGGCUGUUAUCUACCUGCAUGGUGGAGGAUGGUGUCUGGGCAGCUCUAAAAUGGCACCAUAUGAUCUCCUGUCCAGACAGACAGUAACAGAAUUGAAUGCUGUGGUCGUUGCUGUAGAGUACCGCCUGGCCCCUCCUUACCACUUCCCUGUUCCAUUUGAGGAUGUCUAUCAUGUAGUGAAGUACUUCCUUCAGCUUGAUGUUCUAGCCAGGUACAAGGUGGAUCCAGAGCGUGUUGCAGUUUCAGGGGACAGUGCUGGAGGAAACCUGGCAGCUGCUGUCUCCCAGCAGCUGCAGCUAGAACCAAACCAGAGUGUGAAACUAAAAGUUCAAGCUCUAAUCUACCCAGUAAUGCAAGCACUGGAUUUCAACACACCAUCAUACCAGCAGAACAAGGACAUGCCAAUCCUGCCCUUCACACUCAUGGCACGCUUCUGGAGUCAGUACUUCACCAGUGACUUAUCAUUUUUCCAUGCCAUGUUGACCAAUACACACAAUGGUGCAGAAUCUCUUGCAUUGUUCAAAUACAUCAACUGGAGCAUCUUUUUGCCAGAACCAUACCGCAAGGAUUACAACUACAGCAUCCCAUCUGUAUCUAAAGAGAAGAUCUCUUUGCGCAUAGUGGACCCACGGGCAUCACCACUGCUGGUGCCUGAUGAGAUGUUGUAUGGACUGCCUAAAGCCUACAUUAUAACAUGCGAAUAUGAUGUGCUGCGUGACGACGGUAUGAUGUAUGCAACACGCUUGCGUCUGGCUGGUGUCAACGUGACGCAUGAUCACUACGAAGAUGGGUUUCACGGCAUAAUUAUGUUCACGCUGUGGCCCACAGACUUCAAAGUUGCGCUCAGAUCAACAGAAAACUAUCUGCAGUGGCUCAAGGAAAACUUGUAAAAGAACAUUUGUUACAGAUAUGGUUUACAUGCCUUCUCAAGGCCUUUUUGCUGUGCUUGCAUUUUGUCCAUUUCAUGUGGUGUGUUUUUAAAAAGGACACAAUCUGUCUUGCUGUUGUACAACCCCCAAAGUAGAUAAUUGGGACAGUAUGAAAAAUGCAAAUAAAGCUGUGGUUUCUAAGUUCUUGUAUUUAAUUGCAGACUGAUCAAGACUUUUUUUUUUUUUUUUAAAUAUGCAGUCCUGCACCACUGUUCAGACAAGUUGGAAUGGGGCAAAUGUGGGGCUAGUAAUAAAAUGUGAUCUGAUGUUUCAAGUGACUGUAGCAAUCAUGAGUAAUCAGUCUCCUGGAAAGGCCUAAUCUUUUGAGGAACAAGGAUGGGCUGAGGAUCUCCAGUGUGUCAAAUGUGAAGUUACCAGUGUUUUAAAACAAUCUUCCUCAAAGAAGGAUACAAAGGGAUUUGGAUUUCACCUUUUAUAGUUUGGAUCCUUCAAGGAACCUGGAGAUCCUUUGGUGUAAAGGGAGUAAGCCUAAGCUGAACAUCUGUGAGCUCCAUGCCCUCAGAUGGCACUGCCUCAAACUAUGGACUUAACCAAUGCUAGCUGAAACAUCCUUGUUCAAAAAGGAAGCCUUAUGUUAAUGGAGUCUAGAAGCCCUGUUGACUUCUCAGGGCUUGGAUGCAUCUGGGGUGGACCAUCACAGAAUGGUUAGAUGAAAGGUGUUGUUUUUCUCUCCUUCCCCACCCUUAAAGAAAUGGAUACCAUGUACUCUGGCCCAAAGGCAAAGGACUAUCCAGACUGUUAGCAGCAACAAGUCCAAAAGCAAGGGUCUGUCAUGGUAUUGUCAGUUCCCUUCUGUGGCAGCAUCGAUGUACAAAAGUACAUUGAGAUUUUGGACCAGUUGAAGUGUUUUACUCUGGCAGGAAGCAAUAAAAUGCCAGAAGUAAAACACUUGUCAAAUGUGCUGCAGUUAUUGAUUUGAGUGCAAUGCAGGUCAAAGAUUAUUUAAUCAUAGUUUUUCCAUUUCAACAUACUGUCCCAACCUUUUCUGACUUGGGGUUGUAUUAUCAGCAUGAGAUGUUUACAUGACUUGAGCAGUUCUGGCUCGAAGCUUAAAAAAAAAAAAAAAAAAGAGCAGAGUGGGUUGUGGGGUGGUGGUGUUUUUUUUUUUUUUUUUUUAAAUUCUUUAUUGGUCUCUAUCAGUAUGCCAGGGUUUGUGUGUGGGUCUUUUUUAAAGUCUGUUUAUCUUUGGACAUUCUGAUCAUCUCUUGUGGUUUUUCUUUUGAUUUCCUUCACCUUUGUUGCAUUAAGUGCCUGUGUGUGCAAGGACCAACUAAGGAGUGUUUUUAAAAUGUAACUUUCACAACUGGGCUGUGAGGUAACCCUCAAUAAUUUAUAAUCUACAGUAUUCCACACAUGCCUCCAAUAUUACUCCAUCUCUGGUUUAUAUUAAAGUGCUCAUUCUAAAACAUUCACAUUUCUAUAGUAAUAUGUAAUUCCUAGGGAAUUGUAAGGUUGACACUUCAAAAAACAGAUUUAAAAAAAAAAAUGGAUGUUUCCGUGUCAGCAUUUUGUAAAAAUCAAGAGAGGCUGCUGAUGGAACAGCUGUUUAGUUACUCUAACAAGUGAAAACAAGAACAGACUUGUUUCAUGAGUGU